AUGCUCUCCCUAGUCAUCUUCUUUAUCCUGCAGGCCACCCUGGCCAGGGCUGCUUCUAAUGUUCAAACCAGAAAGAUCACCGUGGACGCAGGCGUGGUCACUGGCCAAUUCAAGAACCUCCAAGGAACCAAUAACUGCGACGUCCCCAAUGCCAAUGAUGAUCUGGAUAAUAUCCACGAUGCGACCCCUGCGGUACAGCAACACUGGCGUGACUCGGCCGUGAAACAUGUCAUGAUCUAUACCUUCCCCGAUGUCUUUCUAGGUGGAGAUCCUUACGACAGUGCCAACUAUAACUUCACGGCGUCCGAUAUGAGAGUGAGAUAUGUUGUGGAAGGAGGGGCUGUAGCAUCAGCGCAGUUCCAGGAAGGCGGAGAUAUCACUGACCUGACCCCUGCAGAGCUAGAGGGGAUCGGACCCAGGAAUGGUGCCAACAACUCUGGCUUUUCUAAUGCAGUCGAGCUGUGGGACUUUUAUCCGGAAGGGGACAAGGAAUACUACACCACCGAGUCCACCAGCUACAAGGAAAAUCUAGCUGCAUAUUCGGCAUUUGCCCGGGGAGUGGCCAAGGCUAACAAUCCAAACGUUGGUUGUGGUGCCUGGGGGUUUAAACGAAUGUGGACGCCAACAGCCAGCUACACGCUGCCUGAUCCGUGGAAAACAGAGUUCUUUGCUGAUAUUGUGGCUGCUGGGGUGCCUAUCAAGGCGGCCACCAUGCACUGGGACUCCACUCUCUUCAGCUGGAACUCAUACGAGCUUGUCCCAGGGGUGAAGCAGUUCCGAGAACUGUAUCUCGCCCCAAAUGGGCUGGGCGACCUUCCCAUUUGGAUCACGGAGCAUAACCGCAACCCUCUCGGCACGCUGCCAACCACCAAGGCUGCACUCGAAGCAUACUGGGACCCUGCCUCCUUUGCGGCAUGGGUGAUAUCUGUGGCAAUGUAUGGACAAGACGCGGAUGUCGAGCAGGUGAUGAGCUGGACAGGCUUGGGAUACGGUGGCUAUGGAUACGGGGAUGCUUACUUUCAAGCAUGGUAUACCAACACUUCCAACGGGGACGUUGCCACAAAUGCUGGCGCUGCAUGGGUUCUGUCUGGCCAGUUUGUGACCGAAACAGCUAACCGGUUGGCGCUGACGGGGAGUUCACCAGACGGGUUCACGGCCCUGGCUGGUAUUUCUGACGAAGAGGACCAGGUGCAGAUUAUGUUGAACAAUUACCAGGUGGAUUAUGAUAUUCUUCGGCAGAACACAGUCCAACUGAUCACUGAACUGGACGUCAAUGUUUCGGCAAGCCCGAUUACCCAAGAGAACGGACUCUUCAACGGCGAGCAGGCCUGCUUUACGUUUGAUGAUAACGCCGUCCUUGGCUGCACCACCUUCAUGCAACCCAUCAUCCGGGACAACCACGCCACUGCGUAUGCGCUAGAGGUGAAGAAUCUGCCCUGGUCCUCGAGCACAAAGUAUACAGCAGAGAUUAUAAUGGUUGAUAUAGUCUACCUAAAGUAG